UGUGAAGAAGAAGAAGACUGAGAUUUGCGAGAAAAGAUGACUCAAGACGUAGAGAUGAAAGAUAAUCAAACCCCAACUCAAUCCGUCGUCUCUGCUCCUACCUCCACGCUACAGAAUUUGAAGGAGAUUGCUGCUCUGAUCGAUACCGGAUCUUAUACAAAGGAAGUUCGCCGUAUUGCUCGUGCUGUGCGUCUCACCGUCGGACUACGACGGCAGCUCACUAGUUCCGUGAUCUCUUCUUUCCUUGAUUUCGCUUUGGUUCCUGGAUCUGAAGCUCACACUCGUCUUGCUUCUUUUGUUCCCAAGAGUGAUGAACAUGACAUGGAAGUUGAUACAGCAUCAUCGAAUUCUCAAGCUCCUCCUAAGCAUUUACCUGCUGAGCUCGAGAUUUACUGCUACUUCAUUGUUCUUCUUUUUCUCAUUGAUCAGAAAAAGUACAACGAGGCCAAAGCUUGUUCUUCAGCUAGCAUUGCUCGCCUCAAAAACGUUAACAGGAGAACCGUUGAUGUCAUUGCUUCGAAAUUGUAUUUUUACUACUCUUUAAGCUACGAGCUGACAGAUGAUCUUGCAGAGAUACGUAGUACUCUUCUUGCUCUUCACCAUUCGGCGACACUCCGCCAUGACGAACUGGGCCAGGAAACACUUUUGAAUUUGUUGCUCCGCAACUAUCUUCACUACAAUCUCUACGACCAAGCAGAGAAGUUGAGAUCGAAAGCACCUCGAUUUGAGGCACACUCUAACCAACAGUUUUGUAGGUACCUGUUUUACUUGGGGAAGAUCCGGACGAUUCAACUAGAGUACACUGAUGCAAAAGAGAGUCUCCUCCAAGCUGCUAGGAAAGCACCUGUUGCAUCUUUGGGCUUCAGAAUUCAGUGCAACAAGUGGGCUAUUAUAGUUCGACUGCUGUUGGGUGAAAUACCAGAACGGUCAAUCUUCACUCAGAAGGGAAUGGAGAAGCCUCUGAGGCCAUACUUUGAGCUUACCAAUGCUGUGAGAAUUGGUGACUUGGAGCUGUUUGGGAAUGUCCAAGAGAAGUUUGCAGAAACAUUUGCAAAAGACAGGACUCACAACCUCAUAGUCAGACUCCGACACAAUGUGAUCAGAACAGGACUGCGCAACAUCAGCAUUUCCUACUCCAGAAUUUCUCUACAGGACGUUGCACAAAAGCUAAGACUGAACUCAGCGAACCCAGUGGCUGAUGCAGAAAGCAUUGUGGCUAAAGCCAUUAGAGAUGGAGCAAUCGACGCAACCAUCGACCACAAGAACGGUUGUAUGGUCUCCAAGGAAACAGGAGACAUCUACUCCACUAAUGAACCGCAGACUGCGUUUAACUCGAGGAUUGCGUUCUGUUUGAAUAUGCACAAUGAAGCGGUUAGAGCGUUGAGAAUGGAGAUUCAAGAGCCUGAGGUAGCGAAGAAUCCAGAAAUUGAGGAUACAAUCGAAGUAGCUAAGCAAAGGAGAAACGAAGAAGUAGAAGAUUGCGACGAGCAACAACAUAAGCAGCAUCAAGCUGAAGAAGAUGAGGAAGACGAAUUGCGAAAGCUUCUGCUUUCAGAUAUUGGAGAGCUUCCGAUUUCUCCUCCUUCAGCUACACAAGUCAAUUUCGUUUCUUACUUCAUUACAGAUUUUACGAAAUCGGGUCAUGAUCAAUAUAUUUACCGUCACGCAAAUGGUUUGUGUGUAAUUGGAUUGGCUCCUACGCAUAUAGCUUUUAAGGAUGAAGGUGGAAUCACUAAUGUCGAUUUCAAUGUCGGUAAGUCUGACCGUAGCGUCUUGAAAGUCUCCGGCAAGCGUAAAAAGAAUGCUUUGCGCUCUGAAUCGAAUACAGCACUGUGCAAAGUUUCCACUGCAAAAGAUUCCUACAUUGUGAGGUGCUGCGUUAAAGGCUCUCUCUUGGAGGUCAACGAGAGAUUAAUCAAGCAACCAGAGCUUCUUAAUUCAUCGGCUGACCGGGAAGGGUAUAUUGCGAUAAUCAUGCCAAGACCUGCAGAUUGGACCAAAAACAAGGAAUCACUGAUAACUCUGGAGGAAUAUAAAGAAAAGAAAGAAAUAUCUUUAUGAUAGUCUGCCGAAACUUUGGAACCGUGUUUGCUCUGAAGCUGAUGCCGAUGAUGAUUAGGGCCAUUAGGCUUAAGUCAGAUUAGGUUGAGUA